AUGGAGAAGCUUAAAAUGCCGACAUGCAAGUAUGACGGCAAAUCUGACCCAGAGGACCAUAUAUCGGCCUAUGAGGGUCAUAUGCUGUUAUACACCGACACCGACUCGGUGUGGUGUAAGGUAUUCUCAUCUACCUUAAUUGGACUAGGGCAAACCUGGUUUAAAAGUAUUCAGCCGGCAACCAUGUUUGACUUCUGUCAACUCACGUCCAUGUUCGUGACACACUUUGUCAGUAAUAAGCGGCUUGAGAAAACAACCGGCGAGCUAAUGUCUAUUAAGCAAGGGGAGACAGAAAGCUUGAGGGAUUAUGUCGGGCGUUUCAAUGCUGAAGCCGUCACCAUCCCAACACUGCAACAGGAAGUGACGGUCCUGGCCCUGAUGACGGGGCUGAGAGAAGGGACCCCAUUUCGCAGUUAUCUCGGCAGAAAAAAGAUGACAUGCCUAACAGAGGUCUUGGGAAAGGCGAAUGACUUUAUCAGGGGAGAAGAGUUUGACAAAGCAGUUUACGCUAAAAAGCCGGCAGCCAUAGAAAAAGACAAAGAGAAAGAUAAGGAUAAGGAUCGCCGGGACGAUAAGUACCGUAAGGAUAAAAAGUCCGAGACCACCGGCAGGAGAGAGGAGAACAACUCGGUGAAAAAAGGAUUUGAAGGGAGACCGGACAAAUAUCACAAUUAUACACCACUGACGAUAUCCCGGUUCCGAAUUUUCGAACUGCAUAGUAAAGACGAGAAAUGGCAAAGGCCGAGAAAGAUGUACUAUAAGGGUAUAUAUAAGUCCAAGUGGUGUGAAUUUCAUGAUGAUUACGGCCACAAGACAAAUGAUUGCAAAGACCUUAAGGACGGGAUUGAAGACCUCAUCAGGCGAGGUUAUUUCACCCAGUACCAAGCAAGGACUGAUCGCAAAACUCCUCCUAGGGAGGAUGAAAAUAGUAACAGAAGGCCGGUAAAGGACAGGAUCACUGAGAUCCAUGUCAUAAGCGGAGGACCGACAAGAGGCGGUAGCAUUCACGGGGCGAAAGCUAGCCUGAAAGAAGUCCGCCACCAGGUGAACUACAACAAUGCCAGGACGGGGCCGGCACCUCCAUCAAUGCCAUCCGUGGCUUUUACAUCAGAGGACGCUAAGGGGAUCGUUUACCCCCAUGACGACCCUUUGAUAGUAUCUCUGCAGAUAUCCAAUGCAAUGGUCCAUCGCGUCCUGGUCGACGAAGGAAGCUCCGCCAACAUUCUCUACAAAGAAACGUUUGAAAAAAUGGGAUUUGACGAAACAUGUUUGAAGCCGGUCUCUUACCCGGUUAUCGGUUUCACAGGAGCAUCCGUUGUCCCAGAAGGGACGGUAAAGCUGGCUGUAAAGUUAGUAGAAGGAUCCCGUUCCAAGGACCUCAUGGUGGAGUUUCUGGUUGUAGAUGUCCCAGCGGCGUAUAACGCCAUCAUUGGAAGGCCGCUAAUUCACGACGCCCAAGCCGUCGUCUCGACGUACCACCUUACUAUGAUCUACACCUCCAAUGAUGGCAACCCCGAAAAAAUCAGAGGAAACCAAGAGUCAGCAAGGGCCUGCUACCUAACCGCGCUAAAACACUCUGACCAUAAACGACCAGCUGAUACACCGCCGUCAGAAAGAAAAAGGAGAAGGCUGGAAAACAAAGCCAGGAAGGAUUUGUCUAUGGAGAACUUCGAGGCAAGGCCGGCAGAUCAGCCGAGACCCAACCCAGAAGGGGAGACUGAAGAAAUAAGUUUGGAAGAGGAGAGACCUGAUAGAAUGGUGAAAAUUGGGGCAGAUUUAGGUGAACAGGUCAAGGUUAACCUGAUCUCACUACUAAGAGGUCAUGCCGACAUAUUCGCUUUCUCGGCAGACGAAAUGCCGGAUAUUGACCCAGAGUUCAUGGUACACCGUCUGAAUGUAAAUGAGGAUGGCAGGCCGGUAAAGCAGAAGAAGCGUAACUUCUCUGCCGAAAAGAACGCAGCCAUAAAGGAGGAAGUAGACAAGUUGAUGGCAGCAGACUUUAUCGAACCCUGUGAUUACCCGGAAUGGUUGGCGAAUGUGGUGAUAGUGAAAAAAUCCAAUGGGACAUGGCGUAUGUGUGUAGACUUUACCGACCUUAACAAAGCUUGCCCAAAGGACUGUUACCCCUUGCCAAGAAUUGACCAGUUAGUAGACUCAACUAGCGGCCACGCACUACUGAGCUUCAUGGACGCUUUUUCGGGGUAUCACCAGAUAAGUUUGCUAAAGUCCGACAGGAAUAAGGCAACUUUCAUUACAGAUGCAGGAGUGUAUGCUUACACGGCCAUGCCAUUUGGGCUCAAGAAUGCCGGUGCUACUUAUCAAAAGCUAGUGGACAAGAUAUUUGAGCGACAAAAAGGCAAAAAUGUAGAGGUAUAUGUGGACGACAGCAUAGUCAAGAGCUUAACAGAAGAAGACCACAUAGUAGACCUCGAGGAAACUUUCGAAACACUCCGGCAGCAUCAGAUGAAGCUAAAUCCGAAGAAGUGCGUGUUUGGGGUGCGAUCCGGCAAGUUCCUGGGUUUCAUGGUGAGUGAAAGGGGGAUCGAUGCCAACCCCGACAAGAUCAAAGCUAUCAGUGAUCUCCCGGAGCCAAAGAGCAUCCGGGACAUUCAAAAGCUGACCGGAAGGAUGGCGGCUCUAACGAGAUUAGUUUCCAAGUCGGCUGAAAAAGCCUUGCCAUUCUUUAAGAUACUCAGAGGAAAUAAGAAGUUUGAGUGGGGAGAGGAGCAGAAGCAAGCCUUUGAGGAAGUAAAAAAGCACUUCCUGAAACUGCCAACCAUAACCCGGCCAGAGUUGGGGGAGAAGCUACAGCUAUACGUAUCAGUAACUGAGAAGACGGUCGCAGCAGUGUUAUUAGUAAACCGGCAAGGGCAGCAAAGCCCCAUAUACUUUGUCAGUCACGUGCUUGCCGACGCUGAGCAAAGGUAUGAGCUACUGGAGAAGAUGGCCUAUGCCGUCUUAAUUGCAGCAAGAAAGCUGAGACCAUACUUUGACUCUCACACGGUCCAAGUCCUCACCAAUCAGCCCCUGGAAAAAUCUCUCCACAAGCUGGACACCACAUGCAGACUAUUGAAAUGGGCGAUAGAGCUCUCGGAGUUCGACAUAGAAUAUCGGCCGCGUACCGCAAUCAAAGCCCAAGCUUUAGCAGACUUCAUAGUGGAGACAACCCAUACUGAAACAACAAAAUCCACCGGCAGGUGGAAAAUUGAGGUAGAUGGAUCAGCGGCCCAGAGUGGAGCUGGGGCCGGGGUGGUCAUGACGUCCCCAGAAGGGGAAAUCUUCGAGCAUGCCAUCCGUUUCGGAUUUAAAGCCUCAACAAUGAAGCUGAGUACGAAGCAGCCCUGGCCGGACUAA